AUGCGUUUCAAUCUUCUUGUUGGCCUAGCGGCCACUUCUUCCUGGCUCGCACAAGCCGAAGACCUCACCGGUUACGAGUAUGUUGUUGUUGGCUCCGGUGCUGGCGGUGGCCCUGUAGCUGCUCGCCUAGCUCUGGCCGGACACAAGACCCUCCUCAUCGAGGCUGGAGACGAUCAAGGCACCAAUGUCAACUACACUGUGCCAGCCUACAACGCCAAAGUCUCCGAGGACGAGAAAGUUGCAUGGAAUUUCUUUGUCCGCCAUUACGCCGACGACGAGCAACAAGCUCGAGACUGGAAGACGAGCUACGACACUGUCGAUGGAGGCGUCUACACUGGUCUUGAACCUCCCGAAGGAUCCACUAUGAAGGGCACACUUUAUCCGCGGACCGGAACCCUUGGCGGCUGUACAGCCCACAAUGCCCUCAUCGCAGUGUAUCCUCACCAGUCUGACUUCGAGUACAUUGCCAACUUGACCGGUGACUCUUCGUGGUCGCCUUCCAACAUGCGCACCUACUUUGAGAAGUUGGAGAAGAACCAGUACCUCACGGCCGGGAUCGAGGGCCACGGUUACAACGGUUGGCUCGAGACAGAAACGCCACCUUUGAGCAUCGUACUUGGCGAUACAAACUUGCUUUCUGUGUUGACUGGUGGUGCCUAUGCCCUCGGAAACCUGACCGGAGGCCUGGAAUAUGUGACCGAACUUCUUACCGGCGAUGCCAACGCUGAUACACUGGCUCGCGAUCAGGAACCUGGAUAUUAUCAGAUCCCCCUGAGUACCAACGAUGCAUCUCGUACCGGCUCGCGUGAGUUCGUUGUCGCUGUGCGUGAUGCUGUCAAUGACGAUGGAACCAAGAUGUACCCCCUAGACGUAAGACUUAACUGUCACGUCACCAAAGUCGUGUUUGACAAUAGCACAACGCCACCCACUACUACGGGAGUCGAGUUUUUAGAUGGUGCUCACCUCUAUAGCGCCAGUCCCUUGAGUGAUGGUGCCACUGGUACUGCUGGAUCUGCCACAGCAUCGCGGGAAGUGAUCGUGGCUGGCGGUGUCUACAACUCACCUCAGCUUCUGAAGCUGUCCGGCGUCGGUCCACGCGACGAGCUCGAGUCGUUCGGCAUUGAGGUUGUCUCUGAUCUUCCUGGUGUUGGUACCAACCUGCAAGAUCACUACGAAAUCUCUGUGAACGCUAAGGUACCUACCAACUGGACCGCCUUUGAAGGUUGCACAUGGAGUUUCGACGGCGAAGCCGAUGCAUGCCUUGAUAGGUGGAACAACCCCGUUCUCGGUGACCACGGUACCUACGCUUCAGCUGGCCUCGCCGCCACCAUGCUGUACAAGAGCAGUGUCGCCGAGAACGAUAACUUUGAUGUCUUCGUCUUUGGCGGCCCUGUUAACUUCCGUGGCUACUUCCCCGAUUACAGCUACAACGCGACCAAGCUCCAUGACUGGUUCUCCUGGGCGAUCCUUAAGGCUCACCCCCGCAACAGGGCAGGCAGUGUGACGUUGCGCAGUGCAGACCCCCUUGACAUGCCCGACAUCAUCUUCAACUACUUCCAGACUGGUGGUGACGAGGAUCUUCAAGCCAUCUACGAGGCGAUCGAACUCGCCAGAGAUGCUUUCGAUCGCCAGCUUGUACCGACGGUCGAAUCUUUGCCAGGCAACACCACUGCGACUGAGGAGGAAAUAAAGCAGUAUGCGAAAGACGGAACUUGGGGUCACCAUGCGUCAUCUACUUGCCCGAUUGGCACCGACGAUGACGAAUACGCGGUUCUGGACUCGAGCUUCCGUGUCCGUGGUGUGAGCGGCCUGCGUGUUGUUGAUGCGUCGGUUUACCCUCGCAUCCCGGGUACUUUCACUGCGGUUUCGACAUACAUGGUUGGCGAAAAGGCAGCAGAUGUUAUUCUGGCUGAGCUCGCUAGCUCCAAUGCGACAACGACAUCGUAA